UGCUGCUGCUGUUUGGAUUGAAUCUUUCCGCAGUAGUUCUGCUCUCACUUAUUGCUUGGACGUGAAACCCAAAGCUCUGUCAGUCUCCCUAAGCGCUGCAGAUACCUGGUUAACCCUGAGACCGAUGUGCCCUCUGUCACCUCAGCUAUCGUGGACGCCCUGUCGGACCCAAAGAAGUUCCUGACAAUCGCAGAGAAGAGAGCGGACCAGAUGAAGGCCCUGGGCAUUGAUACGAACGACAUCGCGGACGUGCCCAGCGGGAGCUCCAAGAACGACAAGAAGGGGAAGGGCAAGGGGGACACGGUGAAGACCAGCGUCAGCCCCCAGGCCAGCUCCGACAUGGCCCAGACCUCCACCGCCGCACAGAACAACACGGCCGAGGCCCGGAGAGAUACAGCUGCCCUGGUGCCUAACGUUAGCAUCGACGACUUGAAGCAGAUGAAGACGUAUGUGAAGCUGAUGAAGAAACAACAGAAGGAGCUCAGCUCUUUAAAGAAGAAGCACGUGAAGGAUCAGAACGUCAUGCAGAAGUCCCACUGCACCCAGGUGGACAAAAUGGUGUCCCAGCACGAGAAAGACAAGACAACGCUAGAGAAACUCCUGGACAAAGCCAUCAAGAAACGAGGGGAAAGCAACUGCCAGGAGCUGAAGAAGGAGACGGAGGAUAAGGUCCAGACGCUUACUACUGACCACAAAGCUAAGGUGAAGGACAUCACGGCACAGCACACCAAGGAGUGGUCGGAGCUGACCAGCGGCCACAGCAGCGAGGCCCAGGAGAUGAGGGACGGCCACGUGGGCCAGCAGUGUGAGCACCUCAAGAAGCUGCUGGCCAGCGUGCAGGAGCAGCAGACGGCCCAGCUCAAGGUCGUCCAUGAACGGCAGAGCAAAGAGAUGCGAGCCAACCAGGCCAAGAUGUCAAUGGAGAACAGUAAAGCCAUCAGCCAGGACAAGAGCAUCAAAAACAAAGCCGAGAGAGAAAGGAGAGUGAGGGAGCUGAACAGCAGCAACACAAAGAAGUUCCUGGAUGAGAGAAAAAGGCUGGCCAUGAAGCAGCAGAAGGAGAUGGAACAGCUGGAGAAGAACCAGAGGGAGCAGGUGGACAAACUGGACAAGUUCAACGAGCAGCUUUUGAAAUCACACCAUGCAAACAAACAGGGUCAAGGUAGGAAUCUCCAUGCCACGCAACACUCGCACGUCACUCCUUCCCCUGCUCCCCGUUGCCGUGCUCCCACGCACAUCACAAAACAUCCACAGUUCUUUUCACUGUAGUCACUACUCUAUAACAAAGAUGCUAGUUUAUGCUUGCAUCUUUAAAUAAUCAUAUUUGUGAAUGUAAUGGUAUUGUGAGCUAGCGUAGGUUAAGCCUCUUCAAGCACUUACACACUGGUUUCUCUGCUUUUAGUGUUAAUAAUUCUUAGCGGUUGUUAAUAUUUAGUAUAGUUUCCGAUGAUAAAGCUGUGACCUUUUUAUCUCGCAGAAUAAUUUAGACGGUCAAAAGUACAACUUUAGGAAACUAGCAAGCUACUCUGUAUAAGGUAGUUCCUUCUAAACCCAAUGAGAAGGGAGAGGUUUAUGACAAAACUAUACAAGACUAAACUUGCGGUCAAUAACAUGUUUUUUAGUGGUUAAAAACACAUCAACGACAAUAUAAAUAUAUAAUAAUCCUUCUUUAACUUAUGUGUUUAGUAACAUGAAUUUGUUUCUCUAUUGUUUUUACGCCAUCACUUUUGUUUUGUUGUGAUAAAAUUUGUAUUUUCUUACACAAGAUGGUAUUACAAUCUGGAUUGCACUGUCAUAGAUAUGAAUGACAUGACGUAUGCAUGAAUAUGAAAUAUGAAAAUUGUGUUGCACACAAGAUACGGCUAUGGCAGCUCGUUGGGAACAUAAUGGACAUCAACGAUGUUUAAGAUCACACCAACACCAGGAAACGUUGGAAAUUGAACAAGAAUCAUGGCUGAUUUACAAUCCCGUCGAAGACAAUGUCAGCCAUUGACCUGGGGUCUUAAGAACCGGUCAAACCUUUAAAGCAUUCCUGGGAGGGUGACUUCUCUGUUUGAAAUAUCAGAAGAUUGUCAACAUUUGCGCCAGGGUAGUGAAAUCGAUCCGCCACGAUUUAGAAUGGACGCCGAAAUGUGAACACCUAAACUGAAAAAUGGAUUUGUUUCUUUGCGUGAAUGUGAAUGUGUCAUGUAUACGAUGUGACAGGGAAAUCAAGGCAAAACAGACAG